UGUAUGAAUAUGGCUUGAGUGCUAAUUUCUAGUACAUACUCCCUUUGGCCGUCGAUAUUUUCUCGAUUAAGGGGCCAUAACGGCUUAGCAGGUGAGUAAACUUAUCGAGAGAAAUGGCAUUUGGUAAUAGAGUCCGAUCUAGCAUGUUGAUUCAACCAAUGACAAUGAUAUCUCCAAACAUCCCAUUCGCCUGAUGUCAGCUUUAAAUGCCUAUACCCAAAAAGGGAUCCAAUCACUCAAUUGCUUGUGUCUGUGAAAGUGUCAAUUGUUAACUAAUGAUAAUGUUCAUUGUUGGCAUUAGGUAGAAUUUAGAAGUUCCAAGUUGCACAGAGCAUGCAUGGAUAAGUACUACUAGUAGUAACUUAGCCCGAUAGUUAGUUAAUGGAAAAUCCACAAAACAAAUGUUCUAGAAGCCGAACGGCCCCCAAACUUAGAAACUCUUAGCGCCGAAAGAACCCCUGCGUCAACUUGAAAAUCCAUUUUCUUCCAAACCUUACCGAUCUGAAAAAUAACUAAACCCCCAAUUUAUUUUCGUAUCCUUCUUACUUAAUUUUACUUUCUUUCGCAAAACCUCUCAACCGACAGUCAUCCCAACGAUAUCAUCAUAAUUAUCAACAGGUCACCAGAAACUAAACCUCAUCCCUAACCAUUUCACUCGGUUCUUUUCGGCAAUUUUUUCCAUUUAGCAAAAAUGGGUAACGGAGCCAAGGCCCAGCAGAAGCGCGAGCGCAACGCGAAGGAUACCAAAGUUGCCAAGUCGCAGCUGAAGUCGAAUGUCAAGGCUAUGGACAUCCAAUGCCAGAUCUGCAAGUCCACUUUCCUGAAGACGACUCGCGCCCCUCAGCUUACCGAGCACGCUGCCAACAAGCAUAGCAAGACCAUCGCCGACUGCUUCCCAACUUACGAAGCUAAAUAGUCGCCCGUAUACCAACCACAUACAGACGAACCGACCCAGCAAGCAAGCCAGCAAGCAGGAGUAUGGGCAUAGCGAUUGGCGUACUUUUAGGGGGCUUUCUGUCAGGGCUGCAUGACAGGGCAC